UCCAAAGAUGCAGCAGGGUUUGGAGGUCGGGGACGCAGUGUGAGCUCGUAACCUGCUCUGGGAUGUUGUGUGUGCUGUGUGUGUGCGUGUGUGUAUGUGUGUAUGAAAGAGGCUUUUAACAUGUGAAAAGAAGAAACUAACGGAGUAACUUUUUAAGGAUUUUCAUCAUAGAAACGACAGAUACACGUUGUGCGGUGUUUUCGCUGAGGACAGCAGCUGCUGCAGGGAAAGAAGUUGACGAUUUAGCUCCAGAGGCCUGUGUGCCAUGCCAGAGGGGUCCCAUUCUGCUCUCCACCAGGGCCCAAUGGGGGAAGAAUCUCCUCAGCUGUCCUCGCCCCUCUCCACCAGCGAACAUGACCAGCCAAAUGUUGACUCGGGUCCAGACUGUUACAGUCGGCUAUGUGUGGACCCACUGGAUGGAGAGGGUGAACGUCCAGUGAGCCUGGUUUCCACCCUGUCCUCUGGUUCAUCCCGUGAUAGUCGCAGCCUCUUUGGUAGCACCGUAGCCCUUCCUUCCUCCACCACCCCACCCAUACAGAGCGAGGAGGACAUAGACUUGGAGCUGAGCCCAGCUGGAAGCACCGGAGAGCAGGCAGGGGACCAGAGUCCCACCCUCACAAGCUCCAAGGGCCGCUGGCAGGAACGGCUGGAGCCCAGGGUGAUCAGCAACCAGUGGAACAACAACGCCACCUCCAACAGGAAGGCUAGUGAAAUCUCUCACAUCCCAGCCUCGCCUGUCAUCACAGACGCCAUGGCGCCCAACCCAAAGUUGACCUACGUGGACCGCGUUGUCAUGGAGAUCAUUGAGACGGAGCGCCUGUACGUCAGGGACCUGCGCAGCAUUGUGGAGGACUACUUGGCUCACAUUAUCGAUAUGAGUAACCUUCCCAUACGGCCAGAACAAGUGUGUGCGCUGUUUGGAAACAUAGAGGACAUCUAUGAGUUCAACAGUGAACUGCUGCAGUCCUUAGACAUGUGUGAGAACGACCCCGUGGCCAUCGCUCGAUGUUUUGUAGAUAAGAGUGACUACUUUGAAAUAUACACUCAGUAUUGCACCAACUAUCCCAACUCAGUGGCAGCACUCACCGACUGCAUGAGGAGUAAAACCUUGGCCAAGUUCUUCAGGGAUCGGCAGGCAGCCCUGAAGCGCUCCCUCCCUUUGGGCUCGUACCUGCUAAAGCCUGUCCAAAGGAUUCUGAAAUAUCACUUGCUGCUUCAGGAAAUUGCAAAGCACUUUGACCAAGAUGAAGAGGGCUAUGAGGUUGUUCAGGAGGCCAUACACACCAUGACCGGGGUGGCGUGGUACAUUAACGAUAUGAAGAGGAAACACGAACAUGCUGUCAGAGUGCAGGAGAUACAGUCUCUUCUGAUCAACUGGAAGGGCCCUGACCUGACCACCUAUGGAGAGCUGGUGCUGGAGGGCACUUUUCAUGUCCUGCGGGCGAAGAACACCCGUACACUCUUCCUCUUCGAAAGGAUGCUCCUCAUUACCAAGAAAAGAGGGGAACACUAUGUCUACAAGAUCCACAUCUCAUGCUCCACCCUGAUGCUACUUGACAGUGCCAAAGAUCCCCUGCUCUUCAGUGUCAUCCAUUUCAAGCAUCCCAAGCAACCCCAUACAGUGCAGGCCAAGUCAGUGGAAGAGAAGCGUCUCUGGGCCCAUCACAUUAAGAGGCUCAUUCUUGAGAAUCACAACACCAUCGUCCCACAGAAGACAAAAGAAGCCAUCAUGGACAAUUCAAACCAUCCAGGGAAGUACCACUAUAGUCCAGAGAGGUUGAAGAGAGAGUCCUACCAAGCCGACGACUUCCAUCUUGGAGGGAGAAAUGGGAGAAGGAGAUCAGAGCCAGCAAAACAAAUCAUAAGGAGCACAAAAGCUGUUUUAAAGCAUGCAGACAGUGAGGGUGCACUGCUGGGGGAGAGGUGCUCCCUUCAGACAGCCACUAGUGUCAGUACACUGACCUCCAGUCUAGGUGAGCCCCAGGCUGAGAGGCCAUGUGUGGAGGACCUAACUCCCAGAAGAGACUCUCUGGAGCAGCUAAGUCCUACUGACAGUGACCCGAAACUGGGCUCUUCACCCAGUGAGGGGGGGCUGGAGCUGGAGGAGGCAAAGGAUGAUGAGGAGGGGGAGAGUUACAAGGAAGAUAUACUGAUGGGAGAAGACCAGGUAGCCGACUUUGCCAGCUCAGUGCUGGCAGCCAUCUCCUGCUGGCACUAUAAAGCCAGGGCUUUGCUUUCUACUCAUUUCACAACGGAUGAUCAGAACAGAGAUCCGACUGAACUGAAAAGGACAGAGAAAGAGGAGGUAGAAACACAGGAGGAAAAACAUGUGGACGUGGCUGUAGAAGAAACUCUCACCACUGAGGUCAAUGUGGAGGCGCUGUGCCCUCUAGACUGUGUCCCUCCAGCAAAGAAGAGCGAUCAGCUGGAGGUGCAUUACUUACAGUGCCCCGAGUCUCCCGUCUCCCCUUUGCAACAAGAUGCCGACACACCAGAACCCCAGGAUACCUCAAGAGACACCACAGAAGAAGAAGGAGGCGAGAGUGAUUCCUCUGGUCUCCACGUGGAGGAGACGAGCGUACUGACGAAUGGGGAGCUCUCAGAGGAGGAAGAGGAGGUGCUUUCAGACAAUAAAAGCAUCCUACCCUCGUCUGUAUUGGACCAGGCAAGUGUGAUAGCUGAGCGCUUCAUCAGCAACCUGUCAAGACGGAGCAGUCUGGUUUCAGAGGACUUGGGUUCCCUCGCAUGUCCCUCACCCUCAAUAGAUAAUGAUGCCUUCAAGAGCCCCUCAGCUUGCAUGGACUUGGAGAAACAGACUGAAAUGUUGGCCUGCUCUACCCCAGAGCCACAGAUGACCUCAGAGAAUAUGUCAACGCCUGCUAAUGAACCCACACUAAACACCCUGUUUGAAGGAGAACGCAAGUCCACUCUCUCGAAACAAGAUCGCCUCCUCAUCCACAAGAUCAGGAGAUACUAUGAGCACGCUGAGGACCAAGACGCUAACUUUAGCAUAAAGCGCAGGGAAAGUCUCUCAUAUAUCCCAGCAGGCCUGGUCCGGCACCUGAGUCGACAGCUCAGCAGUGGUCCUCAGGAGCAGGCCACCCCAGUUCACAGAAAAGACCUCUCUCGGAACCGGCCCACUUCCUGGUCUGUGUUUGACCUUCCUGGCUUAGAAAAGAGACGAAACACUGACAAUCAUGAAAGAAAUGAACCCCAGAGACCAGUGGGAGCCAAGGCUAGAUCUCAGAGCGUCAUGGAAACCUCUACAACAGACGAAGAGUUCAGACCCUCAACGGACAUGCUCAAGGUUUGGCAAGACAUGGAAAUUGAGGAGAGCCAACAAAUUGCAGAGGAGAAGAUUAAUGACUCAAGAUUAGAAGUGUCACGGGAUAUCAGCUCUGACAUUUCAGAUGUUAAAACCAUCAACGAACCACCCCCGAUUUUAGAAGAGUCUGAAACAAGCACUGCCUCAGAGGGCUCCUCCAUCUCAUCACAAACCACAACCUUUCCAGCAAUGGAGGGGGGAUCCUGUCAAGACUCUAAGACCCCGACAUCUCAAGAGAAGAACCAUUGCAACCAAGAGCACCUACCCAAGAUUAUUAACUUCAGAACAAGUAUGGACGAGGACCAGAUCCUACAAGAUAUGGGAAAGAUGAAAAACAAGGUGUUCCAGCUCGCACGUCAGUACAGUCAGCGCAUCAAAAAUAACAGACCAAUGGUCUGGCAGAGGAAUCGAGAAACAGGAAACCAACAGAGCUUCAGGAAUAUGCCUGCUGUCCAAGAGGAGAAGAUUCAGUUCAGGAAAAAGGGUAAAACCAACCUGAGAUUGCCCUUGAACAAUCUCGAUCAGGCGGUCAUGCAUGAAGAGGGUUCUGCAAGCCCAGUUCAGACACCAAGCUCUGGAGCCAGCUCCCAGAGCACGCUUACCUCCCCACAAAGCCCACAGUCAGACAUCGUCCACUGGCCCGACGUACAGGAGCUUCGCACCAAAUACGCAAAGACCUCCCACUCCUCAAAAGUAACCCAUAGCUGCACGGUCCCAAACGGGAUGUCUGAGCUCUGCGCAAACAGGUGUAAUGGCUGCUCGCACAAGUACAAUAGCUCCUCUGAUCUUCACAAAGCUCUGUUAGACUGUCCUAGGACACAGUCUGAAACAGUAUCCAAGGAACAGAGUCCUGUGGUGGACUGGCCUCAGCCACAGUCCCAGCCCCUGCUGUGCAGGUGGAGCUCCUUGGACCACAUGCUUGGGUCUCUUCCCCUCCAUGAAAUGCAGAACCUUCAGGAACCCAUGAGGACCCACUACACAACCAGUCAGGUGUCUCUGAUAACAAGAGAAACCGGCAAACUACGAGACGAGGACGAAGUUCUCCAGGAGGGCUCGGACUAUGCCACAAAAUCUGCUUCAGGGAAGAUGACUGAAAGUAAUCUAGUAAAAAGCUUACGGGAGAAGUUCCAGAGUUUAAGCACGAGCUCGUAAAUGUGUGAAUUAUGUACAUUUUUAUUAUCAGGGACUGUCACGUGGAAACCUGAUGCUUCUCAACAUCCCUUUUUUUCUGUUUUCCUCUCAUAAUAAUGCAACUUGUUCUCUGCACAUUGUUUUCAGUAUAGGUGAUGACGUUGGCACCAGUGAAACAUAAAAGGGAUGUUAAUGGUUAUUGGCAUGUUGCCUCUAAAAAGGUGUAUAGCAAUAUUUGUACAUGGGUAUUAAUCUGCACUCUACAAAACACGUUUAUGUAAAUAUAUGUAUAUAGUCCCCUGUAUUAAUUGAAGAUUAGGUUCUACUUUAUCAUUAUAUGCAUCUAUUUGUUUCCCUCGCAGUGUUGGUGAUUCUUGCUUUAAUCACUAUAUUAUCAUUUAACCAUGUAAGCUGUCAGCUGGAGAUUCAGGGGAAGCAAAAAGGAGCUAAAGUCUCAUUGACGAGAGAGAAGUCUGUGAGCGUACACCAAAGAGAAUUUCCUUUUAACAUUUGUUGACUUUUAAUGCAUGUGGUCACAGCAGUAAUUUGCCUCCACGUCUACUGUAGCUGCUUCUAAAACACAUACUGUAUCACUGGAGCUUUAUUUUUCUCAGCAAGUUGUAUAUUUUCUUUUAAUAUUAUUUAUGAAACUGUAUAUUUGGGAGAUAUUCGCCUUGUGUAAAUACUGACCUGUAGCAACCAUUUUUACCUUUCCAUCCCAGAAAAUAUAUUGUUUCAUACUUGAAGUUCUCCAUAUUUUCAAUAAAAACAGAAAUGGUGCACAUUG